CGAAAAGUGAACGUUUCACGAGUCAACAGCAACGUCUUUCGAGAAGUUAUAGGCGCUGUUUGCGACAUUUUUCUUUCUUUAUCCGUCAUCCAAUGUUUUGUGUAAUGAAAUAACACGUUGGUUAGCGAGUAAUUUCGAUCCUAGUGUUCAUAGUCGUAAUUAAGUAACCGCUAGAUUACGAUUAAUUCUAAUAUGGGCGACGAAAGCCACCCGAAAACUCUCUACGUCGGUAAUUUAGACGCGAGUGUCACUGAAGAUUUCCUAUGCGCGUUGUUCGGCCAAAUAGGCGAAGUAAAAGGUUGUAAGAUAAUCCGUGAGCCCGGAAAUGAUCCUUAUGCGUUUCUCGAGUUCACUAAUCACUCGGCGGCGGCUACGGCCCUGGCCGCCAUGAACAAGCGAGUGUUUCUGGACAAGGAGAUGAAGGUUAACUGGGCGACGAGUCCCGGGAACCAGCCCAAGACGGACACUAGCAACCACCACCACAUAUUCGUCGGCGACCUGUCGCCGGAGAUCGAAACGCACAUAUUGCGAGAGGCUUUCGCGCCCUUUGGUGAGAUCUCAAACUGCAGGAUAGUCCGCGACCCACAAACGCUCAAAUCUAAGGGGUACGCGUUCGUUUCGUUUGUGAAGAAGGCUGAUGCCGAAGCGGCGAUUCAGGCUAUGAACGGACAGUGGCUAGGGUCGAGGUCCAUACGCACCAACUGGUCGACACGCAAGCCGCCGGCCAACAGGCCCAGCGAGGGCGCGCCGAGCAGCAAGCGAGCUAAGCAGCCCACAUUUGAUGAGGUGUACAACCAGAGCUCACCGACUAACACAACUGUUUACUGCGGGGGCUUCACCAGCAAUGUUAUCACCGAGGAGUUGAUGCAGAAUACAUUCUCACAGUAUGGCCAGAUACAGGAUAUUAGAGUAUUCCGAGACAAAGGCUAUGCGUUUAUUAGGUUUACAACUAAAGAGGCAGCAGCGCAUGCCAUCGAGGGCACACAUAACACAGAGAUUAGUGGACAUGCAGUAAAAUGUUUCUGGGGUAAAGAGAAUGGAGGAACGGGAGAGAGCCAGAGCACACCCAGCACCACAGCAGCUCCGCCUGCUAUGGGCGCACAGACGCAGGGGUACCCCGGCUACCCGUACCAGCAGCAAGGCAUGGGAUAUUGGUAUGCCCAGGGCUACCCCGCGAUACAGGGCUACAUGGCCCCCGGCUACUACCAGCAAUACGCCACCGCCUAUAGCAAUCCGCAGGCCGCAGCAGCAGCGGGCUACCGCAUGAGCAUGCCGGGCGGCGGCGGCGGCUGGAGCGGGCCGCAGCCCGCGCCGCUCGUGUACCAGGCCGUGCCGUCCGCGCCCACCUACCCCUCGCAGUAGCGCGCCCCCGUGCCCACGUACCCCUCGCAGU